GAUGCGACCUAGUGGCUGGCUGCACUAAUGGUCACUCUACAAGUUGUACUUAACACCAUAACGCCUGACUGGCAUCUCACUUUACGCUACGAUGCGUUGGACCUGAUUGCAUCUAUAUAUCCGCAGACGAGGUUUCGCGUGCGCGCAGACAUUGUGCAGACAAAGAACUCGGCGAAAGACUUAUUUUUCGCACGCGAUUUUAUAUAAUUUUCAUGUAGUUACUUUGCCAUAAAAUAAGUAGAUUUCAUCGGUGCGGAACUGCCGCAAUGCGUAUUCAGCGACGAGGUUUAUAAAAUCAGCGACAGAAAAUUUUAGUUUUUAUAUUACUCUCGGUGGUAAGGACAUCGCAAAACCUUGUCGCAGGUAAAACUACCAGCAUAGAUAUCGUAAGAAAUCUGUGUACGCGGCUUGUACUUCAUGAGCUAUCUCUCGUGGAACGAACUGCGCCUACGAUCGGCACACUACCUCUAAAAAUAAAUUGCAGUCACACAACUAAAGUUUAAAUUAAGUUGAACAUUAAAGUUUCGCGCCUGCGCAUAUUUUGCCGCCAUGGAUCGCAUCAUCCGUCUGCUCUGCUACGUCACGUGUUUGAUAACCUUCGUCGGCAAGAUCGCGUGCGUCGGCCCGCCGUCGCGAUUGGCGUCGGCGACGCUGCGAGCUGUCGGCGCGAACAUCAGCGACGACGUACUGCGAGAUAUCGACCUGAACGUCACCGUCGUCUAUCCGGCGGUUGCCGUCAACCUGACCGUGGACGACGCGGCGGAGUUGGCGACGGAAGAACCUACGGUGGAGGUGGCCGUCUUCUAUGAUGCUGCGCUGAAGAGGAAGCUGGUGGAGGAGAGAGGACUGUCGGAGGCAGAGCUGUAUGACUACAUACUCACGCUGAUGCACGCCGCUCACUUUGCGUUUCAACAAGAAGCACUAUCUCCCCAUAACAUGAGAAUCCGCACCGUAUACGUCGCAGCGCUUCCACAAGAAGUAUUGGACUCGCAGGUGAAGGAAGUGAGCGCGAGUAUUUAUCUGGCCGAAUUCCGUAAGAUACAGGAUCAAUACAAGACAGACCAGCAAGGGAACCAGCUACCCCACUGGGAUUACGCCAUACUUCUAACUGGCAUUGAUUUAUGGUUAGUGAUCGGAAACAAGACGAGUUACGAAGUGCAAGGAUUAACCACCAUUGGGAAUAUGUGCCAUAGCAGGCUGUCAACUGCUAUCGUUGAAGGUCGGGAUUUACGAUCAGCGUUGAACGUGGCUCAUGAAAUAGGCCACAGUCUUGGCAUGUUCCACGAUGGAACUGGGAGAAACACCUGCAACAGGUUUUUAUACAUAAUGUCACAAUUCAGCGGAUUCGGCAAAACAACAUGGUCACCUUGUAGCAUCAAGGUCAUGGCGAAUAAAUUGGGGACGUAUUCGUGUUUAAACGAGAGAGCGUGGAACACAGUUCUGACGAAUAGGUUUGGUAAUCAGAGGUUGCCAGGACAGGUAUUUGACGCUGACCAGCAAUGCGCUAUUGCCAUGGGGAACGGCUAUCGAAGAUCUCACGGCGGCGAUCUCAGCGGUCUCGUUCUCGUGGCAUGUGCUACCAACUCGGCUGCGUGAAUGAUGAGGGCAAAA